GGAACUGGGUUUGCUUCCCUUUGGGAAAAGAGGUUCCCUGCCAGGAGCUCCAGCUGCCAUGUCAUCGCCCGACGAGAGCCCGUCUGGCCUCCGUGGGCCCCCCGGCGACCUCCUGGGCCGGCUUCCCUGGGACAUCGACCCCAGCCGCCUCUCCUUCUCCCCCUUCCUUGACCUGGACACCCAGAUUUCCCUGGCCCCCAUCUCUGACAGCCCCGAGUCGUCCCUUGAGGAGCUGCGCUCUGCCGAAGAGGAGGAGGACGAGGAGGAAAGGCAGAGCACGGGAGCGCUCUGGUCCAACGUCCCAGACCCUCUGAGUUUGGGCCACGCUGGCCGGUCCACGCCUCCUGGGAGACAGGAGCCCCUGGAGACACCAGAGGGGGCAGGCACCCCGACAGGAGAGGCCACGGUGUGCCAAGACAGGGGCCACCCCGCGGCUCUCACCCGAACGCCAAAAGGGACUUCCUUCCCGGACACGGCCCGCUGGCCACCGAGGCAUCCUCUUCUGGCCACGGAAGAAAGCCAAUCAGGCCCCUCUGAUGUGGCCGAUGCUCUCCACAAAGUCCAUGUCUCCCUGGAGGUGGAGAGCGCUGAUCCGGUCCCACGCCAGAGCCCAGGGGACCUCGGCCUCCUUCCCUGCGAGCCCGGGGGUCAAGGGUGCCGGGGCUGCUCCGCUGACCACAUGAAAGCCAUCGCCUCGGCCUUCGUGGCCUUCCUCUUCUCUCCAUGGCUCCUCUAUGGGCUGUAUAACCUCCUGCCACCGCCUGCCUCGGUUGGCCUGGACAUGGCCAGCCGGGUGGCCUUCGCUCUGCGCUGCCUCCUGGUUGCGGGGGUCCCGAUCAUGCUCGGCAUCGCAAUGAGGGCCGUCUCCAUCCUCUGCUCGGACCGUCUUGGCCCGCUGGACGGCCGCGCCCGACCUGGCCUCCUCCACCACCUCUUUGUCCUUGGCUCCGUGGACCAGUUCCUGCUCUUCGUCCUGAACACGGUGGCCGCGGCGACCUUCCUCCCACAGGAGCACCUGCGCCUGGUCCCGAUCCUGGUGGGGUUCUUUUCGGUUGGAAGGUGCUGCUACUGGGCCAGCUUACACCUCUGCAGCGCUUACCGGGGCUUUGGAUUCGUCCUCGCCUUCUUCCCGAUGCUCUCCCUGACCGCCUACAAUCUCUUCUGCCUCUACCAGCUAGGCCUGGGGUUCCUCUUCGGCCGUUUGGCCCCCGGAGGUCCCGCCUGCACCGCGCCUGCUCCGACCCCCCUCGGAGGAACGACGCCUGAGAGAUGAGGGGGAACGUCGUCAGCUGGAAGACAAGGAACACCCUUAAAAAUGGAACAAAAAUAAACAGGCAGCCGUGUUCCUCUGGGGCAGCCAGAAAGACUCAAAAGAGCACCCGUGAUUUCUCUGAAUUAAACGCAAUGGUUUGGCGGCACUCCAAAAACCAGUACAUUGGACAAGCCUUCAUGGCGUGCUGCUGUUCACCCAAAUAAAACAUGCUAGGCUUUCAAAGGCCACACACUAGACAAGACAUAGAUCAUGUAUUCUGCAGAGGUGCUCUUCUCAUCAGAGCGCAUGGCUGUCUUGGCACAUGAUUUUCCUCCCCCCCCACCACCUUCACAGCUUAAAUUUGGCGUGCUUUCGGAAGAAAUCAUUGGAAGUUUAUCCUGGGCUCAGGUCUGAACCCCUAAGCCACUUAUUUCCAGGGUAACAGCCUUGGGAGGGCUGAUUAAAGCAGAAG